AUGUUAGAGAAGCAGUCUUUUAAAUCUAUAAUUCUAAGCGGCCACUUCUGGGGGAUUGCCACUGGGUUCGGAAUAACAAAGAUAAGUUGCUUGCCCAAUCCUUUUGAGGGGGUGCUGGGAGAAGGCUACCUUUGCCGCAGCCACCAGAAGAGAGUGUGCAGGUUCCGGGAGGAGAGCAAACUCCUCCCAGGUGCAGAAUGCCUGGAGUCCCCUGCACACCAGGCUCAGACGGAGCCAACCAGGGAAGAUGCCAUCAGCCACUGCAAGGAACGACUCAACCGCGGGAGCCAGAGACUCAGGAAGGACAUCGCCGAGCUUCAGCGGCUCCAGGCUCCGGCAGAGAAGCUGCGGGCCCUGCAGGUGCAGAUCUCAGCGUCCUGGAGCGGGUGUCGAACGUCCUCAGGGGCGCGCCGCCUGCUCUGUCCCUGGAGCAGAGAGCUGCGGAAGUUCAGCUGAGCAGGCUGAAACCCGGGCGUUGGGCUUGGCUUCCGGUUGGCUGGCAGAGCGACCUGGGGCACGUUAAACCCGCCGACCGUCGUGUGACUUAAAAGCUCAAUGAGAACCAAGGCUCCUCUCCGGGGAGCAUGGUGAGCGUCAGAGAGAAGUAUCUCACCGAUUGAAAUGGCUGCGCCAAGCACAGGGCUCGGCCUCUGUCCCUGCAGGCAGUGGGAGGGCACUGCUGAGUGACGCGCGCCGCUGUGUCUGGGCUCCGUGGCUCCAGGGGCAGGGAACUACGGACUCAGCACUCGCACUCAGGUGCUCAGAGGCAGUAGAAGGCCAGGAAGGGGUCUCAAGGAGCCUCUUUUCUGUGGUUGCAGAUAGACUGUGGGAGCCACAGGCUGGGCUCGGAGCUGCAGAGCCAGCACCAAGCCAAGGGACAGCCAGGUACCCCCUCGGCAGGAGCAAGGGUCUGCGGAGGGGCUGGAACCCUCAGCCCCUCCAAGGCAAUGACACAGCUCAGCAACCUGGGGCCGAUCUGGAGAGGACGCCAAGGAGCUGGGCGCCAGCACCCUGGAGGUGCACGUCCCAGGCAGCUCCACACCCUGAGGUUCCCACCCACGCCUAGGCAGCCCACCCGCAGCGCCCCUCUCGGAGUUGUGCGGGGAGGUGCUCAGGUGACACGCGGUGACAUGUGGCAGUGGCUUGCCUAGGACCACGCCGUGCUGCUGCUGCAGCAGAAUGAGGUGCAGGGGAAGGGUGAUGCUCCCAGGGAGGCAGCUCAGGGUGGCCUCACAAGUGAGUUGGGGAGGACAUUUAGAGCUGACAGAAACCCGAGAGCUAAUGGUUCUCACUCUCUGUCUCGCUUUCCUAGAAUGCCAGGGGCUUACUGAACAGGUGUGAGUCAUCCCUUCUUCGCUCCCAUACAUGGAGACACCUACAGUGCCCGAGACACAUACCACCCACACAAUACAGAGCUGCAUGUGGGCUUUCCCAGCGUCAAGGGAAUCCCCUGCUGCUUUACUUUUGCACCUCAGGCCACAUGGCCUGUGGGAACCCCACAGAGCAUCUCAGUGUGUAUGCAUUGUGAAGGAUGUCUUUGUUUCUAGGAGUGAAACUGGAUGGACUCCUCCACUCUUUCCUCCAUCUGGCCGGCCCCCAUUAGGCCUGCCUCCUCAUUUCCUCAGCCCUCCUCCCUCCUCCCCGAGCCAGGCUCCUGUUUGUGCUCUCCUUGUGAAGGCCAGAUCCAUGCUCCCCAGGACCCUUUGCGGGGUCUCCGUGUGGCCUGUGAGCCAAUGCUAGCACCCACCGCUCUCGUUCUCGUGUUAGAAUGGAAGCAGCCAGGAGUGUGUGUGCAGUGCUGCCUCAGCACAAGGGCCUCGCGGGUGAAGGCUCCUCCCAAGUGCCGGUGGCAGUUGUCCGCGCCGCCCAGCUUGCAUGGAUUCACUGCUGUGGCGGGCAGACUGAUGCUGUCGAGAUCUUCCCCUCAGGUCCUGCCAGUGUGGCACUCCUGCCCUUCAGCCGUGGGCUCUGAGCUGCUUCUGCUACCUGGCCUGGGGCCCCUGUUUGCUCACAGACUCUCUCUGGAGCCUCUCCUCGCUGCCUGCCGGACAGCUCACCAUGGCAGGGCCUCCAUGCAGCCUGGAGGAGCAGAGCCGCCUGCAUCCUCCAGCCACAGGAGUCAGGGGCCUUGCAUCACAGUUGUGAGGAAAUGGCAUCUGCCCCCAACCUGAGUGGGACUGGAAGCCCAUUCCUUCCCAGCUGAGCCCCGGAUGACAGCCUGGCCCAGCCGGUGACUGAUUACAGCCUUGUGAAAGUAGAAGACCACGGGAAACCGUGCCCCACGAUUUUGAAGCUGUGAGACAAUGACUGUGGGUUGUUGGAAGGCCAUGAACUUGUAAUUUUUGUGGAAAAGUUGGUAAUAAUACAAUGUGUAUCAGCUA